GUCAUCUGGCGCUGGAUCGUCUGGCUCGACAGCGGGCAUCGGGUCACCAGGCAUGACCGCGGGCACUGGGGGUCAUCAGGCAUUGGAUCGUCUGGCUCGACAGCGGGCAUCAGGUCACCAGGCAUGACAGCGGGCACUGGGUCAUCAGGCAUUGGAUCGUCUGGCUCGACAGCGGGCAUCGGGUCACCAGGCAUCAGGUCAUUUGGCUUGACAGCGGGCACCGCGUCAUCUGGCAAGGCAGUGGGCACCGAGUCACCAGGCACAACAGUGGACUCUGAGUCAAUUGGCACGACAGCGGGCACCGGGUCAUCUGGCGCUGGAUCGUCUGGCUGGACAGCA